AUGGACUGGGUACUCCAACGUACUCCAUGGCCGGUGAAAGAAAGAGUGUUGCAGCUUCAACCGUGGGAGCCGAUUUCGAGAUCGGUGGUGGAAUCCUUCUCCUUUGCACCAUUCUGGGUGCAAAUGUGGGGGGUUCCUUCUUAUUGCCAAACCACUGCGUUCAGGUUGAGAAUAGCUCAAGGCAAGCUAAGAGAGCCUAUGGAGACGGGCCUUUUUGAAAUCAAGGGGAUGCCAGGAUACUUCAUCAAAGUCCGACUUAUGAUCAAUGUCAAUGAACCACUGCGAUCUCAGGUUUAUGCCUCAAACCCGGUUGCUGGAAAGUUCUGGGUAACCUUAGUCUACGAACAUUUCCGCUAUUCUGCUACCAUUUUGGUAGACUAG